AAUCUAACCAGCUUUUCACAGCAUCAUUCAAUUCCUAUGUUUUUUCUUAUACGAAUUUUGCUAAUUAAUGCAUUGAGGACAUUUUUUUAGUAUAAUGAAUAUAUUGUUCAUGAUAAUAUAUAUAAAAUCAUGCAAUGUGUAAACGUUAAUAUAAAAAAUAGUCAUCUCUCCAUUGUAGCUAAAAGCUUCCUUGAGAUGGCAAGGUUCUAUCUAGUUUCCCUACUCAUAUGCUUACAUGCUACCUUAACAUUCUCUAGACAUGUUCCUCAGCAAAUAUCAGAACCAGUACCUAGGUACUCAACAAGAAGGCAGUUGGAUAUGGAACAAUGUAGAACUGGUAAUCCUAUAGAUGAUUGCUGGAGGUGUGACCCUGAAUGGGAAGCCAACCGGAGAAAGCUAGCUGAUUGUGCGGUUGGGUUCGGGAAAAAUGCCAUUGGGGGUCGAGAUGGUGAUGUUUAUGUAGUCACGGAUUCAGGUAAUGAUGAUCCCCUAAAUCCAACUCCAGGUACAUUACGUCAUGCAGUUAUUCAAACUGAACCUCUGUGGAUCAUCUUUGAUCAUGACAUGGUCAUAAACCUAAGAGAACAACUGCUGAUCAACUCGUACAAGACCAUCGAUGGAAGAGGACACGACAUCCAAAUCACAAGUGGACCGUGCAUAACGUUACACAAUGUGAGUAAUGUAAUCAUACAUAACAUCUACAUACAUAAGUGCUUACCGUCAGGGUAUGCAAUGGUGUGGGACCCGUUUCCUCACAGUGGAUCUGAUGGAGAUGGGAUCUCGAUAUUUGGCUCGCGGGAUGUGUGGAUUGAUCACUGCACACUAGCAAAUUGUUAUGACGGGCUCAUUGAUGCCACGUAUGGUUCAACAUCCAUAACAAUCUCUAACAACUAUAUGCUACAUCACAAUGAAGUCAUGCUUAUGGGUCAUAGUGAUGAGUUCCUUGAUGACAAGAACAUGCAAGUAACAAUAGCUUUCAACUACUUUGGGGAAGGCCUGGUUCAGAGAAUGCCGAGGUGCAGGCAUGGAUAUUUUCACAUUGUUAACAAUGUAUACACCGGUUGGCAGAUGUAUGCAAUCGGAGGAAGUGCCAACCCGACAAUCAAUAGCCAAGGGAAUGUAUUCGUAGCAUCAGAUAGCAAUUAUUCAAAGGAGGUGACGAAACGUGAAAGCUACUUUGAUGAGUGGAAGAACUGGAAUUGGAGAUCAGAAGGAGAUAUGAUGCUUAAUGGUGCUUUUUUCACACCUUCUGGAGAAGAAGCUUCAGAAAGCUACAUAAAAGCAUCAAGCAUGGUGGCAAGACCAUCUUCACUUCUAACAAAGACAGCUCAGUUUGCUGGUUCCCUACGUUGCCGAAAAGGCUACGGCUGCUAAUAUCUAGCCAACCAAGUUUCUAUUUUCUGUACAUUUUCAUUAUCCGAAUUCAGAUGAACCUUUUGUUGUUAUUUUUGGAUUUAGUUUCCAACAUUAACAAAAAAUGACAAAGCAGGGGUUAAAAAGGUUGUAGAUUA